AUGAGUUAUCCAUAUGAAGAUCUUGCAUCAACAGGCCCAAACAACGACUUAUUUCCCUCAGUUCAAACAAACAACCUCAAUACCAACAUGCAAAUGAAGCUCACCGCUGCCUCCAUCUUCUUUGUCGCUCAACUUGCUGCUGUCCAGGCAUACAACUGGCGCCUGUACAACAACGGCGGAUGCGACCAUAACUCUGGCGCCGCGAAGACCUUCCCACCACUCCCAGCACCACCUCGCUCCAUCGACUUUGGUGUCUGCGUCACCAGUCCCCAGCCAGUCUCUUGGACCAAUCUCGAGGUCGACCUUUCUUUGAACCCUCAAAUCGAUGUGUUCAAGUUCUGCAACGCCAAUUGCACUGGGAACAGUGUUGAAGCCCUCAACAACUACUGCAGUCCUGCUCCUGCCGGCUGCGCUAUCGGCUCGUUCAUCGCGUUCUCCCCAGUCACUUCGGUCAAGAAGGCAAAGGAGGACUUGAAACUGUAA